AUGGUUCCCUCGUUACGGUACCCACUGCCAUUUUUGGUAAAAGGAGUAAUUGCACAGGCAUUGUGUUCUCCUUGGGAGUUGUGGAUAAACUUUGGUAUCAAAGGUGCUGAAGCCCGAUUAUUGCGCCAGGCUUUCGUCUG